AUGGAGAGGACUAAGGUGGUGAUCAGGAAGCUGCCUCCCAGCAUAGCAGAUGCCGACGUGCGCGAGCUUGUGGACAGCACGAACGUCAAGUACAACUGGUUCAGCUUCGUGCAAGGCAAGACGAGUGUGAGGAAGGUGGUGCACUCGCGCUGCUACGUGAACUUUGAGGAUCCAUCAGACAUCCCAGCGUUCAAGGCGGCGGUGGAGGCGCAUGCGUUCGUCACAGACCGAGGCGCGCAGUUCCGCAGCAGCGUGGAGUAUGCACCCUUCCAGAAGGUCCCCCAGGGCAAGCCCAAACGAGACCCCCGCGAAGGCACCCUCGACAAAGACCCGGAGUACCUGGCAUUUGUGGAGAGCCUCAAUGCGCAGCCGGAGGCGCUGCCCGCAGCGGAGGCAGCGGGCAGCUCUGGGCAGCGAGCCGGGCAGGAGGGUGGUCCGCAGGUCACCGCGCUGAUGGCAUACCUGCAAGACAAGCACUCGCUGAAGAAGAGGGCGCCUGUCACUGUGGCACGCACCAGGGGUGAAGCUAAGACUGAGAGAAGGCGGACGAGUGAGAAGGGGUCAGGGGGCAGAGAUGAUCCGGACUACAGCAGGGCCACUCCUAGGAUACUGACAAAGGAACGGAGGGAGCCACAGGUGGAGAAAGAAGCCAGGGACACGAAAUCCUCCUCCCGGCGACCCAGUAAAUCCGCCGCAGCCGCCACCAGAGCGCAGGGCGACAGCGCGCAGCAGGAGAGAGCUGAGGCAGCAGGCUCAUCUGCACAGCGAGAGCCUUCUGCAGAGGACAAGCCGGUGCGAGUGAGGGCCGGCUUUCAGGUCUACCAGCCCAAGCCGCGCGUCAGCCGGCUCAGCAGCGCAGAUGACAACGCCCCCGCGCAUGUGCCGGACAUGGCCAAACCAGGCGCUGCAGCAAAGAGCGCCAAAUCAGGCGGAGCAUCUGGCGGUGCCAAACCAGGAGGCGGCGCCAAAUCGUCCGCCUCUGAUGCUCAGCCCAGUGCUGCCAAGUCAGGCAAGGAGAGCGAAUCUGCUGCCGAUGACAAGAAGGCGAGUACUGGCAGUGACAAGAGCAGCCGCAGCCGCCGCCGGCCGCCUCGAGAGGCCAGGCAGGGGUCCAAAGGGUCGCCAACAAAAGCAGCAGAGCCCGGCUGA